GUCGAUCUUCUUCUACUCGCUUCACACGCUGGGGAGGAGGAUCGAACCUCACUGGCGCAUCCUCAUCGCUGCCGUCUGCUGCUUCCUCCUCUCUGUCAACUCCCAGAGAGACCCGAACAAGUUCAGCUUCGCCAGGAUCAUCUUCAGUCCUCUGAGGCCCGUGCUCUCCUCCUCCGCCACCUCCUUCGAUCAGUGGCUCUUCCGUUCGCAGCUCGACUGCUUCUCCCCCCUCCUCGGAGCCGUCGUGGCCCUCCAGCAGCACAGGAUCCGAGAGGCGCUGCAGUGGCUGGACGCACAGAAGAAGUCUUUGUACGUCAUUGGAGUCUCGUUGGCAACUCUCUGCAUCUUCCUUGUUUGGUUGUUCAGCCUCAUCAGCAUCGGUGAUGACGCAAAGACGCAGGCUGAUGUUUGUUUGCUGAUUGCCAAUCCUGCAAGAAAUGCAGCGGAUGCAGUCGUCAUGAUGAUGUUAAGAAAUGCAUCGCUGCUAGAAUUUCUCAGGUCGCUCGAGCUCUACCUCCUGCAGUAUCACAUCUGGUUGGCCAAGGACGCCAAGAACAUUCUUGUGGUCAUUCCCGAUGCUCCUCUGCUCAACGCCCUCGUGGUCUUUCCAGCUUUCCUCGCAGCCUCGGACAUCGCUCAUCGGAGCACGAGCGGCAUCGCAAGCUUUCUCCUCGCUCACGAGUUCUCCCUUCCCGGGUCAGAGACGAUGUGGGCAUGCGCUGUUGCUGCCGCCUACGUCAUGCUGGCCGUUGUCAUGCCGCGCUGA